AUGCCUUCACUCGCCUUUAAGAAAACCGAACGGUUUUACUCCAAUAUAUUCAUGGCCAACAACAAGAACCUUAGCCAAGGUAGGAUGGCCACAACCACCACCACGAAUAAGAUGCUUCUUCUUGUUCAUCAUCUCAACACUCAAGGAAAUUUGGUUAAAAGUUUUUCAAGUCAUCACACCAUCACUCGGAUCAUCAUGAAAGAUCCCAUGUCCAGUACUGGCCAUUCAUCUUGUUCCAAAAAGGAAAAUUCAUCUGUGGAUCCAUCUUCUGGAUUUCGACAAUUCAAACAAUUUGCAAAUUUUAUGUUUUCUGUGAAUUUUGCAAAAACCAUAAAAGAAAAUGCAAUGGAGAGAAUACUCUAUAGUCAACAUGAUAUCCAGCGAUUGGAAAAGGAUUGUGGAGAUCCGUAUGAAAAGAAAUAUUUCAUUAUGGGUGUGAAACGUUUAUGGAUGGAUCGAAAUGGAAAUUUCACAUCAUUACCAAAAGUUUAUUCGUAUAUAAACAAUCAUUUGAUUGGAUAUUGUGUCUUGGAGAAAACCAAAGAAGAAACGAAUCAUCAUCUGCCUUUACGUAAUUCUGAUUUAAUGAAUCAUUUUGAAAAGUCACUUUUUAAGGCAAACGAUGAGAAUUCUUGGAUUUUGGAAAAGGAAAAUUUAGAAUUCCUGAAACAAACCUUACAUUCCAACAAGGACUUAUCCAACGUUCAACUUGCCUUUCUUUUGAAAUCCAUAAAUGAAUGGAAUUUUUAUAGUCGUGAAGAAAAUUUUAAGGAACUCGAUCUAGUGGACACGGUCGUACUGGAAUAUGGCGACACGUCAGAUAUUGAGUAUCAUCUUGAUAUCAUGUUAGAGUAUGGUUUGAACGCAUCAAGAGAAUUACAAAUUCCAUUACAUGAAAUACCCAUCUAUUUGUUUUACACAAAUUUCACACAAAAAAAACAAUUGGAACUUGCGGUUAAAAGAUUAACUCACAGUUCUGGCCAAACUCAAUUUGAAGAAGAAGUAGAACAUGAAGAUAUCCAUUCCAAGCAUGAUCAAACUUUUCCCAAGUUUAUAAUUUCACAAGCUCCAAUCAUGUAUUAUCCUAAACUUUGGAAUAUUUUGCGAGCUAUUGGAGAAAUGAUGUAUUUGAACUUCCCUUAA